AAUUUUAAACGUGUGUUGGAAAAAGGGAGAGUGUUGGCGAAAGGCUGGACCAGUAUGGAGAGGACGAGGAGAGGGAAUGGAGGCGAUGGCGUGAAGCGAUCGAGCAUUCUCUACCGCGGCGUCGAUCGGUAAGCCCGCAGGAGGAUCCGCAAGGGCAAGAUCGAAGCUAUGGCCGCGGCCAGCGAGCCAGUGAGCCUGGCGGAGGUCCAGCAGGCGAGCAAGGAUUUCCGCGUCCACGGGCUGAAUCCUCCAUCGCCAGCGCCAUCGCCAGCGCAAUCGGUGAAGCAACAAUUCCCAGCGCCCGCGGUGACCCUAAGGGAAGUGGAGCUGGCCCUGGACGAGACUGGCGAGCAGCGCGAGGGGAGGAUCCGGAAUCUGUUCGCCCUCUUCGAUUCCAGCAAAUCGGGCUUCCUGGACCACGGCCAGAUCGAGCAGCGCCUCAAGACCAUGUCCAUCCCCUCGCACUACAAGUUCGCGCAGGAUCUCCUCCAGGUGUGCGAUGCCAACCACGACGGGCGUGUGGAUUUCCUCGAGUUUCGCCGCUACAUCGACGAGAAGGAGCUGGAGCUCUACCAUAUGUUCCAGCAGAUCGACGUGACCAACGAUGGCUACAUCCAUCCGGAAGAGCUUCGCGACGCUCUUAAGAAUGCAGGCAUCCAUCUUUCCGAUCGAAACCUCUCCAAGUUCAUGGAUCACGUCGACCGUGACAACAACGGGAUCAUCACUUUCGAGGAGUGGAGGGAUUUCUUGCUGCUCUCUCCUCACGCCGGGACGAUCACGGAAGUUUAUCAGUACUGGGAGAAGGUUUGCCAGAUUGAUAUCGGAGAACAGGCCAUCAUCCCGGAAGGGAUCAGCCGACACUUAUACGCUUCCAGGUACUUCAUCGCGGGCGGAGUUGCGGGAGCAGUGUCCCGGACCGCCACCGCUCCGCUCGACCGGCUCAAAGUUAUCCUCCAGGUCCAGACCGAGAGACGAGCUAGGCCCAAUCUCUUCCAGGGCCUCAAGCAGAUAUACACCGAGGGUGGCAUGGCUGGAUUCUACGUUGGAAACGGAAUCAACGUUCUCAAGGUCGCUCCAGAGAGCGCUGUCAAGUUCUACGCGUUUGAGAUGCUCAAAGAGGUGGCCGCCAAGAUCCAGGGGGAGCAAAAGUCGGAGAUUGGUCCUCUCGGGAGGCUCUUUGCGGGUGGAGCCGCGGGUGCGAUUGCUCAAACGGUGGUUUAUCCCCUGGACGUGGUGAAGACGAGGCUGCAAGUUUUGUCCCGGAAGUCUCAGAUGAGCAGCCUCGUCCGGGACAUGUACGCUCACGAGGGGUUCUUGUCGUUCUACCGGGGUCUUGUGCCGUCGCUGGUUGGGAUCAUCCCUUACGCGGGGAUCGACUUGGCGAUGUAUGAGACACUCAAGGACUUAUCCAGAUCGAUACUCCCGGAAGGCACUGAGCCGGGUCCAUUGACGCAACUCGCGUGUGGAACAAUCUCUGGAGCGAUCGGAGCGACAUCAGUGUAUCCUUUGCAGCUCAUCCGCACAAGAUUACAGGCCCAGCCUUUGAACUCUCCCAUGCGGUACAAAGGCAUGAAAGACGUAUUUAAGAGAACGCUCGAGCACGAGGGCGUGACAGCCUUCUACAAGGGCCUCGUCCCAAACCUGUGCAAGGUCGCUCCGGCCGCGAGCAUCACUUACGUGGUCUACGAGAAAAUGAAAAAGCUGCUGGCUAUACAAAGCUAGAAAAGCAAGCAAGAUGAUAACGACGACGAACGAACAACGAAGAUCACACCACGCCAGAAAGAGCGAAAAAAAAAGGAGAGAAAAACUCACCAUUCCAUCAUCCCAUCUCCGCAAAUAAUCGAUCGAUUCGAUUUGUACGUUAAGAACACCGCCCCUACGGAAAGAAGCGAUCCAUCGAAAGUCGCGAUUUUGUAA